UCAUUCAUAAAACUAUUUAUUCCCCCUUUGGUAGUAACCACUGAAAGGGCUUUACUUCACUCUCUCAAAUGGCUUUUCAUCUUAUCCUUCUUCUUUGUCUAGCUCUACUAGUGUUGUGCCCUCGUGGUUAUAGCCAGCGUUCUCCUUCGCCGGGAUACUACCCGAGUUCUCGAGUACCGACUUCAACUUUUGAUCGUGAAUUUCAGCCUCUAUGGGGCUCUCAACACCAGCGUAGAGAGCAAGACGUUAUCACUCUAUGGCUCGACAAAUCAACAGGGAGUGGAUUCAAGUCUAUUCAUUCGUACAGGUCGGGUUACUUUGGUGCAUCCAUUAAGCUUCAACCAGGCUAUACAGCUGGAGUCGAUACAUCCCUCUAUCUCUCGAACAACCAAGAGCAUCCUGGAGACCACGACGAGGUCGAUAUCGAGUUUCUAGGGACAACGCCAGGGAAACCUUAUAGCCUUCAGACAAAUGUAUUUGUUAGAGGAAGUGGUGACCGAAAUGUCAUUGGGAGAGAAAUGAAAUUUAACUUGUGGUUCGACCCCACUCAAGAUUUCCACCAUUAUGCUAUUUUGUGGAACGCUAAUCAAAUUGUAUUCUACGUAGACGAUGUGCCGAUACGUACGUAUGAUAGAAAGAAUGAAGCUAUCUUCCCCACUAGACCGAUGUGGGUGUAUGGAUCGAUAUGGGAUGCAUCGGACUGGGCCACAGAAAAUGGGAGGAUCAAAGCCGACUAUCGAUAUCAACCAUUUGUGGCUAAGUACAAAAACUUUAAGCUAGCAGGUUGCACCGCAGACGGAUCUACAUCAUGCAGACCACCAUCGGCCUCACCUAUGAGGAACCGAGGGUUGAGCCGGCAACAAAUGGGGGCGAUGGCUUGGGCACAGAGGAACUUCUUGGUCUAUAACUAUUGCCAUGACCCUAAAAGAGACCAUACCCAAACACCAGAAUGUUAAACACACAAACAAACAAAAGAAAAAGGUUUUUUUAUAAUUUUAUUUUGUAUUACCAAAUUAUACAUUAAGUUAAUAAUGGGAGGACUUGAGACGGGUCCACACUCCACACUGGAAACUAGAGUGCAGCAGUUGAGCGUCCGGUCCUCCUAGAUUUGAGAUUAAAAAGAAAGUUAUUCUUGUAAUAUUGUUUUGUUCUAUUUGUGAUUUUCUAAUAACUGUGGCUAUAUAUGGUAUUGUAUUGUUGUGUGAACUAAAGAAAAAAAAAGGAAGAAAGUGGUUCGACCGAA